GCGGCCCGGGCGCCGCUCAUUGGCCACCGCCCCCGCAGGACCCGCCCCGCGCUUGGGCUUCGCAGCUCGGGGGCCGAUGGGCUCGCCUGCACCGGGGCGAGGGGACCAGGAGGGUCGGGGGACCAGUCUCCCCCUUUCCACCGUUCCAGAGACCAGACCUCUAGACUAGGCCGCCCCGUGGGAGCGAACCAUAUGGAAAGCUGGCUCCAGUGCCCAGACCCAAGCCCCCCACUGCUCAAUGGACACCCCCAGCCCAGACCUGUUGCCUUCGCCUUUGCCCGGGGAGGAAGAGAAACCUCUGGCCUUACCUCCUCCUGUUCCCCGGGGCCGCCGAGGCCGUCGUCCUGGGGGAGCCACCUCCUCAAAUCGGACGCUCAAGGCCUCACUCACUCGCAAGCGGGGCCGCCCCCCCAAGUCAGGGCAGGAGCCCCAGCUGGUGCAGGUGCAGGGGGUCACAGCCCCAGUGGGCAGCAGUGGCGGGAGCGACCUCCUCCUGAUCGAUGAUCAGGGUGUGCCCUAUACGGUCUCUGAAGGGUCAGUGGCUGGGUGUGAAGGCUCCGGCCCCAAGAAGGCCCCGCACUUCUGCCCGGUGUGCCUGCGGGCCUUCCCCUACCUCUCCGACCUGGAGCGCCACAGCAUCUCGCACUCAGAGCUGAAGCCUCACCAGUGCAAGGAUUGCGGCAAGACCUUCAAGCGCUCCAGCCAUCUGCGGCGGCACUGCAACAUCCAUGCUGGCCUGCGGCCCUUCCGCUGCCCGCUGUGUCCCCGGCGCUUCCGCGAGGCAGGCGAACUGGCGCACCACCACCGCGUGCACUCGGGGGAGCGCCCGUACCAGUGCCCCGUCUGCCGGCUGCGCUUUACAGAGGCCAAUACGCUCCGGCGCCAUGCCAAGCGCAAGCACCCAGAGGCCAUGGGGGUACCCCUGUGUGCAUCAGACCCAGAGCCUGAACCAUCGUGGGAUGACGAGGGCAUCCCGGGCACAGCAGGGGCUGAGGAGGAGGGGGAGACAGAGGGGAAGGGAGAACCGGCCUGACCCACAUCCCCUGCCAUCACUCCCUGGGCCAGGCUUAGAUCAGGGAGUUUGGCUGGUGGUGGGCCUGGGCCAGGCGGCUGGGACACGCUUGUUUCUGAUGGUCUUCCCGUUGUGGGAGCAGGUGGAGUGUGGACACCUAAACUUCUGGAUCCAGCUGCCUUCUGCCCCCCUCCCCCAGACUAGCAGACCCUUGGAGGCAGGGGCUGUAGAAAUAAAUCUCUGCCUGCUGGC